GAGGCCACAGCAGCUCACUCUCUCAGCCAUGGACAUCUCCUUGGCGGCAAUGGACGACUCUGCAACCAGUCCCGUCAAGGCCUUGGCUUCGUUUCUAAUUCGCCGCCACUCCGAUCAGCUUCUUUCCAUUGCUCACUCCCCUGAUCCUAAGCUCCAUUACCCUCUAUUCGUGGAAUUCGCAGAGCUGAUGGACGACGAUCCACCUCUUGCUCGUCUUGUUUUCUCCCAUCCGACUGAGUACUUGCGUAUUUUUGACGAUGCAGCUGUUUGGGCUCAUAAGAUCACUUUGGGUGAUUCGAAAGGUUGUAUAAAUGGAAUUAAGAAAGAUUUCAUCCAUGUUCGCAUUAAUGUCGCCGGCUCCCCUCUGGAAUGGCCUGAGACUUCUCCAAGUAUUGGGUCUAUCAGAGUGAAGCAUCGUGGAGUGCUUCUCACACUUAAAGGGACGGUAAUCAGAUCUGGGGCAAUUAAGAUGUAUGAGGGGGAGAGGUGGUACAUUUGCCGGAAAUGCAAGCACAAGUUCCCAGUAUAUCCCGAGCUGGAAACCAGAAACUCAAUACAGUUACCAUCAUUUUGUCCCUCUCAGAGGGCAAAACCAUGUGAAGGGAAAAGUUUUGAGUGCUUGGAAGGUUCUGUAGUACGCCAUGAUUACCAAGAGAUAAAAAUUCAGGAGAGUACACAAGUAUUGGGUGUGGGAUCCAUUCCUCGUGCCAUUCUAGUCAUUCUCAAGGAUGACCUUGUUGACCUUGUUAAAGCUGGAGACGAUGUUAUUGUUACAGGAGUAUUGAGUGCAAAGUGGUCCCCAGACAUCAAAGAUGUACGGUGUGACCUUGAUCCAAUGCUAAUUGCUAAUCAUGUGAGAAGAACCAAUGAACUGAAGGCAGAGGUUGACAUCCCUGAUGACAUAAUUAUGAACUUUAGGCAGUUCUGGUCAGAUUUCAAAGACACUCCUUUAAAAGGUAGAAAUGCUAUUCUAAGAGGUAUUUGCCCUCAAGUGUUUGGACUUUUUACUGUAAAACUUGCAGUGGCUUUAACACUCAUUGGAGGUGUACAACAUGUGGAUGUAUCUGGUACCAAAGUUCGAGGAGAAUCUCAUCUACUGUUGGUUGGCGAUCCUGGUACUGGAAAGUCACAGUUCCUGAAAUUUGCUGCCAAACUGAGCAACCGGGCUGUUAUUACCACUGGAUUAGGAAGCACUAGCGCUGGACUGACUGUUGCUGCUGUCAAGGAUGGAGGGGAAUGGAUGCUGGAAGCUGGGGCACUUGUACUGGCUGAUGGAGGACUUUGUUGUAUAGAUGAAGUGGACAGCAUGAGAGAACAUGACAGAGCCACGAUCCAUGAAGCAAUGGAGCAACAGACUAUAAGCGUCGCAAAGGCUGGUCUUGUAACAACUCUCAGUACUAGAACGAUAGUAUUUGGCGCAACAAAUCCUAAAGGACAUUAUGACCCUGAACAACCUCUCUCUGUCAAUACAACACUCUCCGGACCCUUAUUGAGCAGAUUUGAUAUCGUCCUUGUGCUUUUAGAUACCAAAAAUCCCGAAUGGGAUGCAGUUGUUUCAUCACAUAUUCUCUCCGAGUGCCAACAAGAAAAGGGAAAGCGUGAUAAUGAUCUUUCAAGUAACUGGCCUCUUACUAUGCUUCGAAGAUACCUCCAAUUUGUAAAAGGAUACUUCAGACCGGUCCUGACCAAGGAGGCUGAACAAAUUAUUUCAAGCUACUAUCAGCUUCAAAGAAGAUCAGCAAUGGAUAAUGCAGCCAGGACAACGGUCCGCAUGCUUGAAAGUUUGAUACGUUUAGCACAAGCACAUGCACGGCUCAUGUUUAGAAAUGAGGUUACUCGGCUCGAUGCCAUUACGGCUAUUUUGUGCAUCGAAUCAUCCAUGACGACCUCAGCUUUAGUGGAUAGUGUUGGGAAUGCCUUGCACUCCAAUUUUACCGAGAACCCAGAUGAGGAAUAUGCAAAGCAAGAAAUUUUGAUCCUUGAGAAGCUCAAGUCGAUGGACGAAUUUCCUGAAAUUGGCAGCUGAAGGCCAUCAGAAAUAUUACAGUUAAAUACAUCACAUUACUGAUAUCUUGCUUUUCCCUUGGAGUGGGUAGGCGUUGGCCUUCAUAUAUGGUCUUACGACUUUGCAGAGACCUGUGUUUUUGGUAAAUAGUUGCUCGAGCCUGGUCACUGCGUCCCCCUUUGUGAGGAGGCACCCCUUCUCUCGAAGUUAUAAGACUAUUUUGUCGAGUUCUUUAGAGAGAGUUGUGUCAUGCCCCUGAAAAUUACAUCUGUUUUUCUUAAAAACUUCGGCUACACAAAGAAGAAAGAGAAGAAUAGUGCCAUUACAAUGCUCAAAUGCAGCGGGAAGAUGCCUAGAUAUCUAAAGUCCUCAGGAAAAUUUGUAAUUUAGAUAGUCUUGUUUGUUUUCUAGAAUUUUUGUAUGACAAUGCCUAUGAUGUAUUAUUCCAACCACUUUAAAUUUAUAUAGCAUUCUUGUGUCUUUA